GCCGUCUCCCAGUUGCAGAGCGCCUUCUCGCUCAGUCUCUCUCCCAACCAGUAAUACAUCUGCCAUUUGCCGAUACAUUAUGCUCUGAUUUAAUUUAAAUAUAGUUUGAAACAUUAAUGUGCUAAUUUUUGCGAUGGGCAUAUGCCUCAACUUUUAUUAGUUUUCCUCUGUAUACAAGUGACUGGGAUCACCAUCGCGCGAUACCUGGCUAAGCCCUGGUUGAUCGAGGGACUGCAGGGCGACAAGGGGAAGUCCCCGUGUGAAGAACUUACAGAUCUGAACAGCUAUCAGAGGGGACUUUGUAACCAGCAGAGAGAAACGAGGUCGAAGUUGAUAACAGCAGCAAGCAUGGCUCACCAACAGUGCAGAACUGAGUUUCAGUACAACCCCUGGAACUGUUCCGUCAACAACGUCCUCAGCCUCAAUGCUAUGACCAAGGAAACGAGCUACGUGACUGCAAUAGGGUCAGCAGCGAUAGUCCACCAAAUAGCACAAGCUUGUGCGGAUGGAAACAUCAGAUCUUGUGGCUGUGGUGUUAAUAACGAAUACAGUUCGGCGUGUGACGAUAACAUCAGGUAUGGGAUCCUGUUUGCAAGGCAGUAUCUAGACAGUCCCCAGAACACCCACUCUCCGCCAGGGAUUUCAGUUCACAGAACCAAGGAGGAGCUCAUCAGGUCCGCGGUUAAUAUCCACAACAACAACGCGGGAAGACAGAUGGUGGACAUGACAGCCCGGACGAAAUGCACGUGUUACGGAAUGUCGGGAUCUUGCACCACCUACAUCUGUUACAAACAGGUGGCCCCCUUUCAAGAGAUAGGUCGACAGCUGUACAAGCGAUACAAGGAAGCAGUAAAGGUCAGAUCAGUAUUCUCGCCAACUAAAUCUACCAAACUUGCUUUCAUCGACGAGUCACCUGACUUUUGUACUAGGAACAGAACGCUAGGUAUAUCAGGAACGGAAGGAAGGCCGUGCCUCCCCCAACCAGACAACACCACGAUCCCGACCCACCUCUCUGAGACGUGCAGCUCGCUUUGUUGCGGGAGAGGUUACACAGCUCAACGUAUAGAGGAGACCAUCCCUUGCAAGUGCCAGUUCCAGUGGUGCUGUGAGGUUGUGUGUCAGAACUGCACCAACGUUUACUACACCUACAACUGCAACAGUUAGUACAUCUCCUAAAACGAGUCCGUACUUCUCAUCUUAGCUGUGGAGCCACUGUGGAAAAACGUGAAACUCAUGUACGAGUCAUGUACAUGAUAUGAAGAACAUAUUAUGACUCAUGUAGAUGAUGUGAAGAACAUAUUAUGACUCAUGUAGAUGAUGUGAAGAAUAUAUUAUGACUCAUGUAGAUGAUAUGAAGAAUAUGUGCCGUGAUAAUAUGUCGGACUGAUGAUCUUAUAUCUGAGAUUGAUUUCCGAUCGAAUAAUUGUAUGACAGCAUUUAUAAGAGAUUCACAAAUUCAUCGGUAAUUGCUGGUAUGUUUGUCAAAAUGAUGAAGGAACCAUUUAAUGAUGCCAAGAAAUUUUGUUUGACUGAUUUUAAAAUUGUCGGUUUUGGUGUGAUUUGGUCGUUACUAUCAGCUGCUCAAAUUCCGAAGUCACUAUUUUCGUCGUUGAUAUUUAUCAUGCGUUUGAAAUUAUUUGCUAUCUAUGAUGAGAAUUUUACCACAAAAAUAUUUAUAUUUGUUUUCACCUUCAAUUUCU